GCAUUUCCGUCGCCUUAACGUCACUUCUGGACGUCAAUAUGCAGCUCGGUGCGGCGCUGGGAAACAGCCGCUGAAAUGAUGGAAACUAAGUAGCCAGCAAAGCCCACCUUUAGCGAACACCCUCUGCGUUGCCUCCAGGGAAAGGGUAGAACUGCGUCGAUAAGAAGGAUCCCCGCAGACUGACAGCACCCCGGGUGGUUAUCCCCCGAAGCGGCGGACCGCCUGCCUCAAGCAGCCAUUUUUUGUGAGAGAAUGUACGGGGCGACGCGGUGGGCCUGCUCGGGCUCCGGCUCGGGCUCCGGCUCCGGCUCUGGCUCUGGUAGGAGCUUGUUGAUGCUCACAACUGCUCUGCUGCUCUCGGCCGUCGUGCUGCUCUCUGGACUGCCGGGUUUCACCGAGGCGAAGGAAUGCGACAAACCAUGUAUGAACGGACAGUGUAACACCGCUACAGGCAGCUGUGUGUGUUUCCCCGGCUGGGUUGGGGACCAGUGCCAGCACUGCGGAGGGCGAUUCAGACUUACAGGACCAUCUGGUUACCUGACUGAUGGCCCAGGAAACUAUCAGUACAAGACUAAGUGCACCUGGCUUAUUGAGGGACAGCCAAACACCGUUCUGCGAUUACGAUUUAACCACUUUGCCACUGAAUGCAGCUGGGACCACCUCUACGUGUAUGACGGAGACUCCAUUUAUGCCCCCCUGCUUGCUGCGUUCAGUGGUUUGAUUGUUCCUGAGCGAUACGGGAACGAGACGGUUCCUGAGGUGGUGUCUCAGUCUGGAUACGCCCUGUUGCACUUCUUCAGUGAUGCUGCCUACAACCUAACAGGCUUCAAUAUUUCAUACAGGGUGAACACAUGUCCAAACAACUGCUCUGGCCGAGGCGAGUGCCGGGUGGGUAACACCACUGCUUCGGUUUACUGUGAGUGCGAAGCCAACUGGAAGGGUGAAGCCUGUGACAUCCCAUACUGCCUGGAUGACUGCGGCUAUCCUGAAAGAGGUCACUGCCAGGGAAAGACCUGCAUCUGCAGAGCUGGAUGGCAAGGUCCAGACUGCUCUGUCUCGGUUCCUGCCAAUUCCUCCUUUUGGAGCCGCGAGGAGUACCUUUAUGCCGGGCUGGCCAGAGCAUCCCACAAGGCUGUGGUGGAGCAGGGUAUCAUGUGGGUCAUCGGAGGCUAUGUCUUCAACGCUUCUGACUAUCACAUGGUCAAAGCGUACAACCUCAGCAGCAAGGCAUGGCUGACCCUCGACCCCUCCGUCAACACGGUCACCCCACGAUAUGGCCACUCACUAGCCCUGCACGAGGGGAAGAUCUACAUGUAUGGAGGAAAGAUUGAUUCAACUGGAAAUGUGUCCAGCCAGCUAUGGGUUUUCCACAUCCAGAACCAAACGUGGGUCCUUCUUAGCCCCCGAUCCAAGGACCAGUAUGCUGUGGUGGGACAUUCAGCCCACAUAGUGCCUCCCAUCCAAGAGUGGGACAGUCCUGUCAUGCUCGUCUUAUUUGGACACUGUCCUCUUUACGGUUACAUCAGCCAGGUGCAGGAAUACAAUAUUGUUAAAAACACAUGGAGCGUUGUGAGUACAGAUGGAGCGUUGGUUCAAGGCGGCUACGGCCACAGCAGUGUUUUUGACCCCAACACCAGAGCCAUCUACAUCCACGGGGGCUACAAGGCCUUCAGUGCCAACAAGUACGGGUUGGCAGGAGACUUGUACAAGUUUGACGUGGACAAAAGGAAAUGGACAAUUCUGAGAGACAGUGGCUUCUUCCGUUACCUUCACACAGCGGUGAUAGUGAGUGGCACCUUGCUCGUGUUUGGAGGAAACACGCACAACGACACAUCUAUGAGCCACGGUGCCAAGUGCUUCUCCUCUGAUUUCCUGGCCUACAGCUUGGCAUGCGAUGAGUGGACAGUACUGCCUCGACCAGACCUCCACCAUGAUGUGAACCGCUUCGGACACACUGCGGUCUUCAGCGACAGUGUGAUGUACGUGUUCGGAGGUUUCAACAGCCUGCUGCUGAGCGACAUGCUUAUGUACACCUCGCCCAGCUGCUCGGCCUUUUCCAGCCCGGCGUCCUGCAGCCAGGUCUGGCCUGGGAUCCACUGCAUGUGGAACAGCAGCCUGGGAGCAUGCCUGCCAUGGGAGAGCAACAGUUCUGGUCCCGAUCCACAGCAGCUUCCGGCGUUCUGUAACACGAGAUCAUAUGCUGAUAGUGAAAGGUGUGAGCCGCAUACAGACUGCUACAGCUGCACGGCCAACACAAACGGCUGCCAGUGGUGUUCGGGCCAAUGUAUGUCUGUGGGAAAUAACUGUACCGCUCCCACGGGAUCCAUAGCAGAGUAUGAAGUUUGCCCUAAAGACAACCCUUCAUAUGUGUGCAACAAGAAAACCAGCUGUAAGAGCUGUGCUGUCGACCAAAACUGUCAGUGGGAUAUUCGCAACCAAGAGUGCAUCUCACUGCCAGAACCUCCCCACAGUACAGCUUCUUUUCUGCCUGCUUCAGAGAACGUGUGUGGGGAAACCUGGCACCUGGUGGGAAACUCUUGUCUGAAGUUCAACACAACCAGUGAGUCGUACGAUAACGCCAAGCUAGCCUGCAGGAACCACAACGCUGUCCUAGCCUCCCUCACCACACAGAAGAAGGUGGACUUUGUCCUGAAGGAGCUGCAGAUCAUGAAUGUCAUGUACAAGACCACAAUGACUCCCUGGGUGGGGCUCAGGAAAAUCAACGUGUCCUACUGGUGCUGGGAGGACAUGUCACCCUUCACCAACACCACCCUGCAAUGGCUGCCUGGCGAGCCAAGCGACGCUGGAUUUUGUGGCUACCUGGCGGAACCGGCCUCCAGUGGACUGAAGGCCCAAUCCUGCAUCAACCCAGUGAAUGGCAGCUUGUGCGAGCGACCUGCAAACCAUAGUGCCAAGCAGUGCAAGACCCCCUGUGCCAUGCGGGCCACCUGCAGCGACUGCACCAGCGGCACCUCGGAGUGCAUGUGGUGCAGCAACAUGAAGCAGUGUGUCGACUCCAACGCCUACGUGGCCUCCUUCCCAUUUGGGCAGUGCAUGGAGUGGUACACCAUGAGCAACUGUCCACCUGAAAACUGUUCUGGCUACAGAACAUGUGGCCUGUGUUUGGACCAGCCAGGUUGUGGUUGGUGCACGGACCCCAGUAACACAGGAAAAGGCCAGUGCAUCGAGGGUUCUUAUCGCGGACCCUUCCAGACUUUGGUCCCGGCACCGUCCACCCUGCCCGGUCUGCCUGCCAGUCCCCAGCCGUCUCUAAACUCCAGCAUGUGUCCAAGCGAAGCCAAAUAUAACUGGUCCUUUAUUCACUGCCCAGCUUGUCAGUGUAAUGGCCACAGUCAGUGUGUCAAUGAGAGCCUGUGCGAGAAGUGCGAGGACUUGACAACCGGCCGGCACUGCGAGAACUGCAUCUCCGGCUUCUAUGGAGAUCCGACCAACGGGGGCAGCUGCCAGCCCUGCAAGUGUAAUGGCCAUGCCAGUAUGUGCAACCCCAACAAUGGCAAGUGCUUCUGCACCACCAAAGGCAUCAAAGGAGAUAGAUGCCAUAUGUGUGAAGUGGAAAGUCGUUACCAAGGCAACCCCCUCAAAGGGACAUGCUACUACACGCUCCUCAUCGACUACCAGUUCACCUUCAGCCUGUCGCAGGAGGACGACCGCUACUACACCGCCAUCAACUUUGUGGCCACACCUGAGGAGCCGAACCGGGAUCUAGACAUGUUCAUAAAUGCCUCCAAGAACUUCAACCUUAACAUCACCUGGGCUACGAGCUUCACAGCAGGCACCCAGACCGGAGAGGAGAUUCCCAUCGUCUCACGGAGCAACAUCAAAGAAUUCAAAGACAGCUUCUCCAACGAGAACUUUGAUUUCCGCAACAGCCCGAACAUAACGUUCUUCGUCUAUGUCAGCAACUUCACUUGGCCUAUUAAGAUCCAAAUUGCUUUUUCCCAGCACAGCAACUUUAUGGACCUGGUGCAGUUCUUUGUCACGUUCUUCAGCUGCUUCCUGUCCCUGCUGCUGGUGGCCGCUGUGGUGUGGAAAAUCAAACAGAGCUGCUGGGCGUCACGACGACGAGAACAACUGCUGAGGGAGAUGCAGCAGAUGGCCAGUCGACCUUUUGCCACCAUCAACGUAGCUUUGGAGGCAGACGAAGAGCCACCUGACCUGAUAGGAGGAAAUGUAAAGUCCGUUCCAAAACCAAUUGCCCUUGAGCCUUGCUUUGGCAACAAAGCCGCUGUGCUCUCCAUCUUUGUACGGUUACCCAGGGGCUCCGGCGGCAUCCCUCCUCCAGGACAGUCUGGUCUGGCGGUGGCCAGCGCGCUGGUGGACGUCUCUCAGCAGAUGUGUGUUGGCUACAAGGAGAAGUCUGGAGGUCUGAGGAGCCGUAAACAGCAGCCUUCUGCACAGCCAUCCACCUGCAUCUGAGCACAGCCACUGGUUGCUUCUUCCAUCCCUACACCCAAUGCUCUUCAUCGCCCCCUCCCCUUCCUCCUUGCUCAGCCCCCUCUUUUAGAGACUUCUGCCAGCUCCACUCUGGCAGGGAGAGGUGCAUGCUGGGAAGUAGUACUGGAACAUUUUGAACGAAGGCCUCAGCAGGCCCCCCCUUCCUCGAACUGACCGGGACAUAGGGGCAGGGGGGGAAUCGAGAGAGGACCAGAGGAGACGCUUGACUCCUCACUUCCUCCAUGAAACGCAUUUUACAUUUGUUGACAUCAUCUCGAUGCAGACGAGGUGGCCGCAGCCUACUGCUAGAAGAGAACCUUAGUCUCAUAGUUUUUAAAACAUCCACAGACUUUGCAACCCUAAAUGUUGAUGUUUUAUUUAAAUUAUUCUUGUUCUCUACGUUGUUUUUAUUUUAUUUUGAAAGGAAGAACAAACUGGAAAAGCUAAACUACACACACUCCAAAAACGCAGCUUUCCAGCAUCAUUGCACCCAUCAUUGCCCGCCAUCUUGUUUACAGCUCAGCACAGAGGACUGCUCACCAGGCUCACGUACAGUUUGGCAUCCGGGCAGCAUAACGGCAUGUUCGGCCUUCAGGUAAUGAGGAUCCAGUGGGAUGCUUCCUGUGCAGCCGAAGCCUCUAUCUGGAGCUGCCUUCCUGGAACUACUUGCAUUUCUCUAAGCAGCCACAGUCCUGUGGAUGGAGUAAAGAACAAGCCACCAGCUACAUCUUAUCUAUGCCGAUCUGCUUUAUUUCAUCUUCGUAGAGGCUAGUUGUUAGUUAGUCUUCCAGUUAGCUUCUUACUCACAUGUUUUAUACAUAGUGAAGGAACUGGUGGUGAGUAGAGUCAUAUAUUUAUGUUUAUCGGCAGGUUGAUGCCAUAAACCUACGCGAAACAAGCUUCUAAUAAAGUAUUCUGGCUCUUACCAACUGAUGUGAUUAGGCUGAUAAACAGUCAGGCCAACAGUUCUGUCCUUUGACUGUUGCUUAUAAAAUCCAUACCUCCUAAUUACUGAUGCUGGAUCCUAAAUCUAUUGCUUCGAAUUUGGAUUUCUUAGCUGCACAAUUAGCUGGCCGGCAAUGUAUGGUUUCCUGUUGAUGGAAUUAAUGCCAGCAUUUAAACGGUACCAGAAUGAUUGGCCAUAAGAGCAUGUUAAUGAGUAACUGGUCACCAUCUUUUUUCUGCUCUCUGUAUUUCUUUUUCAAACCAUCCCAAUUUAUUUUAGAUCUGCUGUGAAUGACUCGAUUUACCCAAAAAAGUUUGCAAAUGUUUUAUCAAGAAUGGAAGAUAAGGCAAAACACUGGAGGAAAAACUGUAAUUGAACCAAAGGAAUCAGAAAACCCUGUUUUGCAGCAAACCGCAGCGUGAUUAUUGGUCUGUGAGGACAUCAGCAUGUUGGAUCUUCUGCUAGUUUCAUUAGAGAUGCACCGAUCAGAGAUUUCUGGCUGAUUUUCAAUCUCUGGUUUCUGUAAAAUUUUGAUCUGCAGAUUUUAGCUAGUUUUACAGGCCUUCAUCCUGUGAUCAAUAAUUAUCUAUAUUAGGACUAGAGUCAAUGUGUUGCCAUGUGUAAGCAGUGACUACAAAAUGAUGUCAGAGUUCACUUUUUUUUAGGAUUUUUUUGCGGCACUAUUGGCCUUUAUUUUUCCCAUAUUUCAGACAGUAAGCUGACAGGAAAGGGGUGGAGAGAGGGGGAAGACCUGCAGCAAAGGUCGCCUGGUCCGUGAGUAGAACCUGCGACGGCUGCGACUGUAGCCUCUUAAUAUGGGUCGAGUGUUUUAACCCCUACACCACCGCUGCACCCUAGUUCACAUUUUAAACUUGUCUUUAACAUCCUCUACUAGCAGGAUUAGCUUGGUUAGCUGUAUUACAUACAGAAUGUAGAUCCUUAUGUUAACAGACCCUGAAAGUUCAAAACAAUGCUUUGUUCAGUGUCCCAGUCACCUGUCAGGACCAAUCAAGCUAGAAAUCAUCCGAUUCUUAUCCCAAUUAGAUUUCUUGGUGCAUCUCCGGUUUUCAUCCUGUCUGUUUCAGCUCCAUUAACAACAUCACUUUUUGAUUCCUCCCUGGUGGUCAUCUUUACAUAAUGCUUCUCAGCAAAACACCUGCAGAGUUUUCACUGAACACAGACAUAAUUCAAUAUAAGAAAUCUCUCCUCUUGCCUCACAAGGUUAUUAACUUCCCACCCCCUGAAAAGUGCUGUUAUAGAACAGUUUAAUAACCUGCAUUGUGCCCUAAAGAGCUUGUUGUGUUUAGUUGCAAGCUCUCCUGUGUGCUCGGUGCAGUAGAAAUGCACGGCAUCUGGUUAAAGGACACGCUUUUAGCACUGGGAAAAGGUCAGAGCAGAAAGCAUGAACAAAGUUGACAUUCUGUAAUUAUAAAGUGCCCACAAAUCCACUCAGCAACUCCAGCAGUCAUCACAGAAUUAAGAAGUCAACACUACUCAGGCUUCUGCUUCUUUGUUUGUGCUUUUUUUCCUCUCAUUAUUAUAGAUCCAUUGGAACAAGCUAUUUUUUUAGCAUUUAUUGAUAGAUUUUUCUGUUUAAACCUGCUGCUUCUGGUUAAACAUGAUGUUCAAGCAUUCUCAAACUUCUCACAAAAAAAGAGAAUCACAACUUAUAUAAUGUAUUUUACUGUUAAACCUCUUUCUCCCAUGUGUAAGCAGAAAAAUCACUGUUCUAUCUCCCAACAUCUGGCAGUGCUUUGCCAGUGUGCAGUUCUUUGACUUAACAUUCACCCUUACAAGUUAAUUUUUCUUUACGGAGUGAGCUCUAGCAGGGCUGUAUAAUAUUAGUUUGCAAAGUCAUUCAGAACUGUUGCCACUUUCUUGCUUUUCACAUUAAAUGACCAAAGCUGAUUUGCAAAUCAAUGAUGCUUCAUUUAUAAAACUGAACUGAAAAGAAAUGAUUCAACAAUGUGGCCUGGAGCAGAUGGAAACAGAAUGAAGAUAAGAAAACAUAGCCUGCACAGUCCUGUUUCCAUAAAAAUGCCUGAUGUGCUGCUGUCACAAAGAUGCACGUUGCCGCCUUAGCAGCCCUCUCAGUUCUACAGGAGCAGCAUUUUCAUGUUUUACUUACUCCUGAUGAGCACCAGGUCCUCAGUAACCACCAUUAAGUUACAAGACACUUUUAUGCGUUUUUCACAAAUCAUUUUAUUUUGCAGCCAAACUGUAAAAUUUGAGCAUGAAUGUGACUAGAGAACAGUGUAUUUUUUUUUAACUGCUAAAUGAUUUGAAAUGAAAAAUAUUCUCAGCAGUCUCAGGAGGUGGAACUCAGAGCUACAGGACAACUGGGACCACCGGUGCUGAUUAUUGUAAGAGCUGAUUUCUAAUAUCAGAGUUCAGGGAGAUACACGAGGCAAGCAGCCAGUCCAAGUCCUCCAUUGAUUGGUUUUGGAGUUGACACUGAUGAAACAAGCAUAUGAAGCAUUUGGAAACAUGAUUUGACCUCAGAUUUGCUGUCAGCUGACUCUUGCUUAUCUGGGACAUUUCACCUCUGCUCCACCAACUCCCCCUUUUUUUUAUUCUUUUCUGUCUAAACACCGGUCCAGGACCAUAUGUGUGGGUACAGACUGUGAUGGAGUGUGCUGUUGCCCGGAGACAGAUUUAAACCUGACCUUACUGCUAUUAAAUGCAGUAAAACAAGUCCAGUCACAAAUUCAGUAGUGUUUUGUCCUUGCCAAGUCCUGAAAAGGUUUUUUCAUGUUAGUACUUUGUGUUGUUAUGUCUUGGCUCUUUAGCCACUGGUGCAGUGUAAAAUUAUCGACAUAGUCAGAAAAGACAAACAAGAUACAGACUGAUGGUGAUUGCUGCCGAUGUUCUGUUCAAAGUUUUGUUUUCGAUUUCUAGUUUUUUGUUUUUGCAGUUCUUUGACCUGCUUUUUAUUGAUUUUUGGCUAGUCCAAUUUUUCUGUAAGAAUUCAGCAUUCACAUUAUUUGUUUUUGCCUUCCUGCCCUGUGCAGUUAAUUAUUUAUAUUAAGCAUGGGGGUAACAUCAAACUGAGAUUUAAAACCUUGUUUUCCACCAAUUCUUUCCAAUAAGUUCACAUUUUAAAUUUCUUUAGCACCCUACGUUAGCGCGCCUAGCAUUGCUAAAGCUGCCGUCUCCAUGUGAAUUCCCUACAGAAUGCAGAUCUUUGCCUUAACUGUCACAUUUCUAAUAGUCAUCCAGCAUUUACAAAUCCACUGUGUUCCACAAUAGACACAGGUGGAAAGCUCUAAACAAUAAAACAGAACAACUUUGCUUUUCUCUGUUCCACCUUCCUGUUGUCUGCUGCAAUUCUUGCUCUCAUACCCUAAAUGAAUCAGACAUGUCUGGACAUGUUGGAAAUACAGUUUUCUUUUGAAUACCUUCUUACAUCUCUGUGCUUCCUCUGACUUUAUGUUAAACACCUCACUGAUACCGAAAACGACUAACUUUGAGUUGUCUUCGCUCAGCAACCAUGUCCACACUGCCCCCAGUUUUGUCAGAGCAAGCUGGUAUUGCUUCUUUGAUCUUAAUCAUUCAUCAUAAAAAGACUAGAUUUGAGCUUUCAACCAGCCAGUUACAGGUCAGGACUGACAAAACUGAAAAUCAACCAAUUUCGGUCAACAGACAGUUUCAGUUGACUGAAGGUUUCCACUAGUAAAUCAUUGAAUUGCAUUAAUUGUGGACCAGCUGUUGGAAAACGGCAUGCAUUUGUUAAGUUGGCAAAGCUUUUUUUUAGCUUUGUUGCUCUUAAAAUAAAAGAAGAAAAUGUACAUUGGUUUUGUACAUCGUCCCUGCCUGCUACAUUUCGCCGAUGGAUUUAUUUGAAAGAUUGCAUGAAGAAAUGGCACAGUGAGCGCAGGGAGAGAUGUUUUGCAGCUACUAAAACAAAUAGUUUCUUACCAUGCCAUGAUGUGCUGGCCGACAAGGUUUAUGAAUGUCUUUUUUUUUUAUUUUUAUGAAUUAAUACCACAGAAAAAUAAGUUCAGUUCAUCCGAUGCGUUUCCCUGGCAACUUGGACAUCAUAGAUUUGACAAAUCAAAUAUAAAGAGCACAAAACAACCCCUGGUCUCUAUAAAGUGUAGACUGAUGGGAACCCUGAUGGGAAACAUGAACCUUACUGUUCAUACAGUCCAAGUCCUGAUGUUGCGUUAAAAGAUCCCUAGUCCUAAAGUUCAGAUUUUCCACACAGUUACCUCCCGCCACCAUUUGGAGUCACUUGAGUGUGAAGUGGCCCCGAGCUGCUCUAAAUAUCUGAGGGGAGUGUGUGAGUUUGCAAAGGGGAAAUGUGUAGGAACCUUGUACGCUGUCACCUCAGUGCUUGGGUAAAGAAAUGGGCAGCAUCCUCUAAUCGAUCUCACUUACCAAGCCUCAAACUCUGCCAGAUAACACUAUCACUCUAUGUUGGCCUUAUUUCCGCUCACUAAACUCUGUUAUCUUCUUAACAUGUACAGAAAAACGCAUAUUUAUAAAUUGUGCUGGAAAUGUGUCUAAUUUUAACAGUACAAGUAGCUUUAUUUUUGUCAAACACUGGCAGCAUUAAUGCAUAUUUAAAUGCUUCGAUUCACAGGUUAAAGCGUCUGAUUAGGGUCAUUGUAAAAUCAGGCAUUACCCUCUUUCUGUCUCUUUGUAUAGCGGCAUUAAAUAUAUUGAGGAAGUAGUUUGUUAAUAUGUAUAAUUUAGCAGUUGCUGUUUUUUGUGAAUAAUGAGAAAGUAUUGUGAAUGACUUGAAUGGUUUGAAAUUCAUUUAUGGCAAGUUCUCUUCAGGCUUUUAAAAAUGUGAUCACAGCACAUAGCAUAUUUUGUAUGUCAGACAGCAGUGUAAGACAAACAAGCAUUACUAAGAGCUGAUGAAAUCCAUGUAAAACUUGAGAAUGGCUUACUGACCUUGUAAUUACUGAUGUAUAUAAAAGAAUGGCAGAACAUUUUGUCUAUUAUUAAAUGUGAAAAUUUCA